AUCUAUUCAUUUUUCGUUAAUUUAGGGUAAAAAAUUGGAGGAGAAAGAAAAAAAGAUUCCGUUGCCGGGACUUGAACCCGGGUCUCUCGGGUGAGAGCCGAGUAUCCUGACCAACUAGACUACAACGGAUUGCUGUUAUGCUUGUCUUGUUCAAUUUAUUUCUUAAUAUAAUAGAUGGGCCAUGCGCAGGCUGGGCUAAGCUUAACUAGGCAUUAGGUCUAAACAAAAUUACCCAGAAACACCAAAGCCCAGCCCAGCCCAUUGUGUCUAAAAAAACCGACAAAAGCAAGCAUAAGCGUUAUAGGAAUAAAACUCAGGUAACCCUGAUUCUUGAACUUGCAUAAACCAGUGUCGAAGGCUUGAGGUCACUUGUAGAUCGCUUAAAGUCCUUUGCAUAAGGAAAACAAAAUCCCUCACACACGCGUGACUGCACUGCACUAAACGGGAAUUGAAUCUACGAUAUCUAAUGACAUUAGGCUCAUAUGGUCUGGGCUUAAUCCAACAGGUUGGGUCAAGAUAGAGGGUGAGGGCUCAGGUCUCAUAAGGGCAAGCCUACAGACAGAAAAUGAAAUAUAUAACUGUGUAGGAACUGCUUUGGCUAAGCAUGGAUGCUGGUCAUUUCUCAAGGGUGGCUUUGUCCUAACCUCGCCAUCCCAAUUAUCCAUCUUAUUCUUUCAGCUCUUCUUUGCAGCCAUUUAGUGUUCAACAAUGGAAUGCAUAUCAGGAAUAUAUGAUCAACACCAAACGGAAGCGUGCCGUGACGGUUCAUGUCUCAGAUAUGCAGGGAAAGAGGCUGCAAGGAGCGGCAAUUGACGUAGAGCAAGUCUCCAAGGAUUUCCCAUUUGGAUCUGCAAUUGCAAAGACCAUUCUAGGCAAUCUGCCCUAUCAGAAUUGGUUCGCAAAACGAUUCAAUGCCGCGGUGUUUGAGAACGAACUCAAGUGGUACGCAACGGAACCUGAACAGGGCAAAACCAACUACACCGUUCCAGAUCAAAUGCUGCAAUUUGUGCGUGCCAACCGAGUCAUUGCUAGAGGUCACAACAUAUUCUGGGAAGAUCCCAAAUACACGCCGCCAUGGGUUCGAAACCUCACCGGCAGCGAGCUGCAUUUGGCGGUAAACUCCCGAAUCCAAAGCCUAAUGAGCAAGUACAGAGAAGAGUUCGUCCAUUGGGACGUCAGCAAUGAAAUGCUUCACUUUGAUUUCUAUGAGCAGAAGCUUGGCCCCAAUGCCACAUUGCAUUUCUUCGAGACGGCACACAAAUCUGACCCUUUGGCAACCCUUUUCAUGAAUGAUUUUAAUGUGCUGGAGACUUGCAGCGAUGUAAAUUCGACCGUUGAUUCCUACAUUUCAAGGUUGAGGGAGCUUAGGCAUGGUGGAGCAUUGAUGGAUGGGAUUGGACUAGAGGGUCAUUUUACAGUACCAAACCUCCCUCUAAUGAGAGCAAUCCUUGACAAGUUGGCCACAUUAGGCCUUCCCAUUUGGCUCACAGAGGUUGAUAUCAGCAGCACUCUAGACAAAGAAACACAGGCAAUUUAUCUAGAACAAGUUUUACGAGAAGGCUUCUCACAUCCAUUGGUGAAUGGGAUAAUGCUUUGGACUGCAUUGCAUCCUAAUGGGUGCUACCAAAUGUGCCUAACAGACGAUAACCUUCAAAACCUACCUGCUGGUGAUGUGGUGGACAAACUCUUGAAAGAAUGGCAAACUGGGGAGGUAGAGGGCCAGACAGAUGAGCAUGGAUCAUACAGCUUCUAUGGUUUCUUGGGUGAAUAUAGAGUAAGUAUCAAGUAUGGCAAUAGGACUUCAAGCUCAACAUUCUCAUUGUGCCAAGGUGAAGAAACCAGACAUGUUAGCAUUCAAUUGUGAUACAAUUGGAUAUCAUAUUCGAAUGAACCUCGUAAUCCUAAGAAAAUAGGUUUUUUAGCUUACUAAUUUGUUGAUGCACAAAACCGGGAGGUCUUGGAACAACAUAAUUCUGACUGUGAAUCUGCAAGAAAGUAAAAAACACAAGAUGUAUCAUGGUUCACCCCAAUAUUUGGGCUACGUCCACAUUGAUAUUGUUUGUAUUUCUCUCUAAUUGUAUGUAUGGGUUAUAAGGGUGAGGGGGAGUCCCCCAGAGAAAGAGAGAGUUUGGGAGAGUUUGUGAGGGUAUUGCCCUCUGUUGGGUUCACCGAGUCCGAUUUGUGAAGGGGGAGGAGUCCCCUUUUAUAGAAUAAGGGGCUCCUCCUUUUACAUAAUUAUAGGCUAGGUAAUAAGACCCAAUGUGCCAAAGUCUGAGGCCCAAUAUGUAUGGUACCAACAUAAUUCUUUAAUUCCAGUUAGUAAGAGGGAUCUUGAA